ACAAAGCACUUCCUAAGCCUCCACCAAAGGAAGAGAUGCAUGACUCCUCGCCCGAGAGCAUUCGUCCCUCUCAACAAGUUCUGAAGGAUAGCGGGUUUGGACCCGCGGCCGGAUCUGGCAGGAACAGUCCAGGUGUGUCUCCUCGCAGCCCCGGCGAAUUUAUAAUGAGCAAAGGCAACAUUCCGUUCAAAAUACCUGACUACAUCGAAGCUUUACAAGACGAAGUGGCCUUUGAUAAGCCGAGUCUCACAUUGGCGAUGCCUACUCCACCCCGCCCGACCGUAGACCAAUCAAAAGAAGAGCGACCACGCUCGCCAGACUUCGGCCCUACCUCUUCUCGCGCACCUUCAACCGCGCUUACACGAGAAUCGUCAAGGGUAUCGAUAUAUGGACCAACGCACGACUUCGAAGAAGCGCGUGUAUCUUUCCACACCACCACACCAAACCUUGAUUCUGACGAUUCUGACGACGAUGAUUCGGAUGAUGGUCUAUUUGCUGCACCGCUCGCUGGGCGCAGUCCACCAGCGCCAGCACGGACUGUGUCUAUUGCCAGGAACACCAGUGGUCAUCGAGCACAACGCCCUAACCUGAAGCUCAAGACGUCGCGUUCGAAGAACUCGCUAGCUCAGGUGGCGGAACAGCAAGAACAAAACACAGCUGACGAACGUCAAUCACACAACAGUGACAAGAUCCCUGAGUCCGCUGCUUCUGCGACAUGGACCGAUUCACCACGUGAUGAACCCGACUUCAACCGUCGUGACUCGUUCGCCAGCAACGUAUGGGCAAAUCGUCCACCUGCCGAAGCCCUCGUGGACCACCUCGAUGAGCUCUUCCCCAACGUCAACCUCGACCAACCAAUGCUCGAAGAGGAUGAGACGGACUCAUCAACAGAUCCAUCCACCGACUCUUCGAAUGGGAGCACAGGUACUUUGACGCCAAUGUCCUCUCUGGAUGACGCUGGACCAGCGAAUCCAACACUGAGUCGAGGAAAGACUGGUCUGCAGUCUAUCGCUCAACGCAACAUGCGGAAGUCUGGCGUAGGUCUCGGACGGACGAAAUCUAUCCGCGAGGUAGUCAAGUCUCAGUACCACCCCAUGGAAAAGAGGCCGAUGCCCGGCCAGGCCGCUGCUGCAGGCCCUUCGCGAGUUGCUACGCUCCGCAAUGGUGGCGAUAUCGUGAGAAGGAAGUCAACCAAGAUGUUCCACGCUAGGAUCGAGCAGGUCAAGCCAUCAAGAGGAUCGCGACUUAUCCAGCUCGAGACAAUCCCCCAGGAUACCCUUCCUCAGAUGCAACGCCAGCCAACGUUCAAAUGGAUGAAGGGUCAACUGAUCGGCAAGGGAACGUUCGGUCGUGUGUACCUCGGUAUGAACAUCACCACUGGUGAGCUUAUCGCAGUCAAACAAGUCGAAGUCAAUGCUAAAGCAGCCGGAUCCGACAAGGACAAGAUCAAGGAGCUAGUCAAGAGUCUUGACCAGGAGAUCGACACGAUGCAGCAUCUUGACCACCCCAACAUCGUGCAGUACCUUGGAUGCGAGCGCAAAGAGUACAGCAUCUCCAUCUUCCUUGAGUACAUAUCUGGUGGCUCAGUCGGCUCCUGCAUUCGCAAGCACGGCAAGUUUGAAGAAUCAGUCGUCAGCUCCCUGACGCGUCAAACCCUUCUCGGCCUCUCUUACCUCCACCGCGAAGGCAUCUUGCACCGCGACCUCAAAGCCGACAACAUCCUACUCGAUCUCGACGGCACAUGCAAGAUCUCUGACUUCGGUAUCUCCAAGAAGAGCGACAACAUCUACGGCAACGACGUCACCAACUCCAUGCAGGGCUCCGUCUUCUGGAUGGCGCCCGAGGUUAUCCGCUCUCAGGGUCAGGGAUACAGCGCGAAGGUAGACAUCUGGUCCCUUGGCUGCGUCGUUCUGGAGAUGUUUGCUGGCAAGCGUCCCUGGAGUCGCGAGGAAGCCAUCGGCGCCAUCUACAAGCUAGGUUCCUUAAACCAAGCUCCUCCCAUCCCCGAGGACGUCAGCAGAGCUAUCAGCAUCGAGGGCCUGAGUUUCAUGUACGACUGCUUCACCAUCGAUCCCACCGAGCGUCCUACAGCUGAGACCUUGUUGCGCGCACCAUUCUGCUUCAGCGAUCCGAACUACAAUUUCUUGGAUACGGAGCUGUAUGCGAAGAUCCGUGGCGCAUUCCAGUAGAGCCUUGUAAUGAGUCGUCUUUUGGCGGAUUCGACGGACAGAAUCUUCUUUGUUUCUACGUGUGUAUUUCGAAAUGGAUUAUAUACCCCUCUUUUGUACUUUCAUUUAUCCUUUUCUUUUAGAAAUAACGUUCUAGUAGGGUAGAUGGCAACGAUGAUACCAAUACCAAGUUUCAAUUGUAGUUCAG